AUGUCGGCUACCGAGACAAUCAGUGCGACAGAGACUACACCAAUCAUCCCAAAGACCUGCAAGGCUGGUGUUGUUGUCAAUCCUGGCCCUGACUUCAGAGUUGAAGUCCAAGACGUCCCUGUACCAGAGAUCGGCCCUGAGGAUGUUCUGAUUAAGCUCAACGUCACUGGACUCUGCAUGUCCGAUGUCCACUUCAUGCUGGGCGAUUGGGAUCUCCCACCCAUGUCUCAAUUCGGCGUUCAAUGCGCCGGUCACGAAGGUGCAGGCGUCAUUGUAAAAGUUGGAGAAAGAGUCAAGAAUCUCAAGAUUGGUCAAAGAGCUGGACUCAAGCCAAUUCAAGAUGUCUGCCACACAUGCGAGUACUGUAAGACAGGAAAAGAGACUUACUGCUUGGGUUGUGUGAUGACUGGUCUGCACAUUGAUGGCUCCUACAAGCAGUACAUCGUGUCGCCUGAACGCUACACAUCGCUCAUUCCAGAGGGCGUGCCAGACGAGAUUGCUGGACCUAUCAUGUGUUCCGGUAGCACUGCAUACACAUCCAUUAAGGAGUCCGGUCUUCGUCCUGGUCAAUGGGCAGUCUUCCCUGGUGGCGGUGGUGGUGUUGGUAUGCAAGCCGUUCAGCUGGCCAUCGCCAUGGGUCUUCGAGCCAUCGUCGUAGAUACUGGAUCAGAGAGAAGGGAUGCGUGUUUGAAGUUUGGCGCCGACGAGUUCAUCGACUUCAAGGAGGUCGAAAACCCUGUCAACAAAGUGUUGGAGGUCACUGGUGGUGGCGCUCAUGCAGUUUUCGUUACCGCCGUCCAAUCAUACCCUAUCGCACAAAGCUAUCUCGGCCACAGAGCUGGGGCUCAAGUCAUGUGUAUCGGUCUCCCUCCUGCCGGAAAGUACAACAUGGAAGUUAACCCCUCAACACUUGCUUUCCGCAACCAGUCCAUCAAAGGCACGCUUGUCGCAGGCAUGGCUGACGUUGAUGAGACGAUGGACUUUGCUCGCCGAGGAAAACUCCGCCUCGAGCCAACCGUCGUUGGUCUGUCCAAGUUCAACGAGUCCGUGCAAAAGUUGAAGAACGGACAGGUCGCAGGCCGCAUUGUUGUCGACUUUAACAAGGAGUAA